GCGCGCGAUUCACAGCGCCGCGUGCGCCCGGGGCGCGCCGUAGCCGCGGGGCCCCCGCCGGGCGCUACGCUACGGAGGCGGCGUAGGGCGGGCGCCGGACGCGGACCGGGUCCAGCCGGGUUUGGGCGUUCGGCGGCUCCGCCACUCAGCGCUGAAGGCCAGCGGGGCAGUACGGUGGUUGGCAGAAGUUGUGGGUCGGCCGGCAGGGGCGAGCGGGCCGGUGGCCGCGCCACCCAGGCCGCAGGGACGGAGGAGGCACCGCCGGGUUGCGAGCCUGGCCGCCCUGUCUCCUGUUCGGUACUCACCUCCCUCCAUGCUCCGGCCGCGUGUGACCAGGCCCGGCUCUCAGUGCGGCCGCCGUCAAGGGGGCCAUGGGGAGCUCCGCCUCCUCGCUGGCCGCCGAGACCGAGUCGGACCAUGGCUUUCCCGGGGGGCCGCCCUACCCGGGCCCCCCAGCAGCAGCGGCCGGCUGGUGUAGGAAUGGCCCCGGCGGGUCUGUCGGGUCAGUCUGGGGCGGUGCCCUGGUCACCCGGCAGCACCAGCCCCUACGCCCCCGGGCCCGAAGCCACACACACUCGCCCGGGUCCAUGGCCACGCUUGGGGAGUGGUCCUGCACACGUUGCACCUUCCUGAACCCGGCCGGCCAGCGCCAGUGCUCCAUCUGUGAGGCUCCCCGGCACAAGCCAGACCUUGACCAGAUCCUGCGGCUCAGCGUUGAGGAGCAGAAAUGGCCCUGCGCCCGAUGCACAUUCCGGAACUUCCUGGGCAAGGAGGCCUGCGAGGUGUGUGGCUUUGCCCCAGAGCCUGUGCCCGGCACCUCCCUGCUGCCAGUCAUCAACGGGGUCCUACCCAAGCCGCCCACCAUCCUGGUGGAGCCCAAGGGCAGCUGCAAGGAGGAGGCGGGUCCAGUGCAGACGGAGGGACCAGCGGCCAUGGAGCCGGCCAGGGGUCGGCCGGAGGAGAAGGAGGAAGGGGUGGCAGAACCCGGGAGCGGCUGGGCCUGCCCCCGCUGCACGCUGCACAAUACACCCAUGGCCAGCUCCUGCUCUGCCUGUGGGGGCCCCCGAAAACUCUCACUGCCCAGGAUCCCUCCUGAGGCUCUGGUGGUCCCCGAAGUCGUGACCCCCGCCGGCUUCCACAUCACACCUGCCCCACCCCAGCCCGGGGAAGGCGCCGAGGCCGACCCUCCCUCUGCCGCUGACCAGGAGCCGCCCCGGAUGCUGCCCUUCAGCCCUUUCUCACCCACCCUGCAGAACAACCCCGUGCCUCGCAGCCGCCGCGAGGUUCCCCCCCAGCUGCAGCCACCGUUGCCUGAGGCCACCCAGCCCUUGCCCCCAGCUGGCUCCAAGGGGCCCCCCCAGGGCCCUGGGCGGACUGCGGCUGGGGCCUCCCGCUUGGCAGAGUUGCUGUCAGGCAAGCGGCUGAGUGCUUUGGAGGAGGAGGGGACCGAGGGUGGCCCUGGGCUGCGCCCGUGCAGCUCCUGCUCUGCAGCUGGCCCCAUGUGUCUGUGCGAUGCCUGUGGUGCCUCACCGGGCUCCGAUGUUAUCGACCUGGCUGGCGACAUCGUGCGCUACACGCCAGCCAGCCCUUCCAGCCCUGACUUCACCACCUGGUCAUGUGCCAAGUGCACGCUCAAGAACCCCACCGCGGCCCCCCGGUGCACGGUGUGCGGCUGCUCCAAGCUGCAUGGCUUCCAGGAGCAUGGCGAGGCCCUCGCCCGUUGUCCCGACUGCAGCGCCGACAAGCCGGGCCUCUGUGCGGCCCACAAGGCCAGCCGCCUCUUUCCUGAGGCCACGCCUGAGUGGCCGGGCCAGUGGGCCUGCCCCGCCUGCACUCUGCUCAACGCACCCCGGGCCAAGCACUGUGCCGCCUGCCACACGCCCCAGGUCCUGGUGGCCCAGCGCAGGGGCGCUGCACCCCUGAGGCGCAGGGAGAGCAUGCACGUGGAGAAGCGGCGGCAGACAGAUGAGGGUGAGGCCAAAGCCCUCUGGGAGAACAUUGUGGCCUUCUGCCGGGAGAACAAAGUGAACUUCGUGGAUGACAGCUUCCCCCCUGGGCCCGAGUCUGUGGGCUUCCCUGUGGGUGAUAGUGUCCAGCAGCGUGUGAGACAAUGGCUGCGGCCUCACGAGAUCAACUGCUCCGUCUUCAGGGACCACAGCACUUCCUGGUCUGUGUUCCACACUCUCCGUCCCUCAGACAUCCUGCAGGGGCUGCUGGGGAACUGCUGGUUCCUGAGUGCCCUGGCAGUGCUGGCCGAGCGGCCCGAUCUGGUCGAGCGGGUGAUGGUCACGCGUAGCCUGUGCGAGGAGGGCGCCUACCAGGUGCGGCUUUGUAAGGACGGCACGUGGACGACAGUGCUGGUAGAUGACAUGCUGCCCUGCGACGAGGCCGGCUUUCUCCUCUUCUCGCAGGCCCAGCGGAAGCAGCUGUGGGUGGCCCUCAUCGAGAAAGCUCUGGCCAAGCUGCACGGCUCCUACUUUGCCCUCCAGGCGGGGCGUGCCAUCGAAGGCCUGGCCACGCUCACCGGCGCCCCCUGUGAGAGCCUGGCGCUGCAGGUCAGCUCCACUAACCCCCGCGAGGAACCUGUUGACACUGACCUCAUCUGGGCCAAAAUGCUGAGUUCUAAGGAGGCUGGGUUCCUCAUGGGUGCCUCUUGUGGGGGCGGCAACAUGAAGGUGGAUGACGCUACCUACGAGAGCCUGGGCCUGCGCCCCCGCCACGCCUACUCCGUCCUGGAUGUCCGAGACGUCCAGGGCUUCAGGCUCCUGCGUCUCCGGAACCCAUGGGGCCGCUUUUCCUGGAACGGCAGCUGGUCAGAUGAGUGGCCACACUGGCCAGGGCACCUGCGUGGCGAGCUUAUGCCGCACGGCAGCAGCGAGGGUGUCUUCUGGAUGGAGUACAGCGACUUCAUCAGGUACCUGGACUCUUCAGGCAGUGCGAGUCCUAUGUCCACCCCAUGGCCACCCUGUCCUCCAGCCACCCUUACCUUCGUCCACCUGACCCAUCUCUGCCCACACCCCUGCCCAGGCCCACAGUGGCUCCCCUUUUCUGGGAGCCUGGGAUCUGGCCACAGGCGCGCGGACUCCGCCGACAGCCACCUCCUGGACCUGUGUGUCCUGGUGUUUCGGGCCUCCUUUGGCAGCGGCGGCCGCCUGAGCCUGGGCCGCCUGCUGGCCCACAGCAAGCGUGCCGUCAAGAAGUUCGUCAACUGCGACGUAAUGCUGGAGCCCGGCGAGUAUGCUGUGGUGUGCUGUGCCUUCAACCACUGGAGCCCCACCACGCCAGGUCCCCCGGCUGCCGCUCAGGAGCUCCCAGGCCACGUGCUGGCUGUGUACAGCUCGAGACUGGUCAUGGUGGAGCCCGUAGAGGCCCAGCCCACCACGCUUGCUGAUGCCAUCAUCCUGCUCACUGAGAGCCGGGGCGAGCGGCACGAGGGACGCGAGGGCAUGACCUGCUACUACCUGACUCACGGCUGGGCAGGGCUCAUCGUGGUGGUGGAGAACCGACACCCCAAGUCCUACCUGCACGUGCAGUGCGACUGCUCAGACAGCUUCAACGUGGUGUCCACCCGCGGCAGCCUGCGCACUCAGGACAGCGUGCCACCCCUGCACAGGCAGGUCCUGGUGAUCCUGUCCCAGCUGGAGGGGAACGCUGGCUUCUCCAUCACCCACCGUCUGGCACACCGCAAGGCAGCCCAGGCCUUCCUCAGCGACUGGACGGCCUCCAGGGGUACCCACAGCCCCCCACUCACUCCUGAGGUCGCUGGCCUGCAUGGGCCCCGGCCAUUGUGACCACUCUGCCCUCGCCCACCUGCCCCCCACAUGCACUUUAGGAGGGAGACCCCAACAGAGGAUGCUUGAACCAGAAUCUCAGGACCCCACCCAGGGAGCCACCAGGCACGGGGCACAGCCUCCCCUGGGCCUUUCCCCCACCCUCCCUCCUAUCCAGGGCCUCCCACCCGCCAAGCAGAAUACCUCGAACCUGCUUCUAGUGUGAGGGGGCUGCGCGUCAGCCCCUCUGACCGGCCUGCCUUGAGGUUGGGUUCAGACUGCCAGGGCUAAGGUGAGGCUGCCCCCUUCCCAUGAGCCUGGGGCCUCCUGCCCGUGUGAAGCAGCUAAGAGCUCCAUUCACAAAACCAAAUCUGGGCAGCUCAGAGGCUGGGACCCCAUGGUAAGCAGAGACCACACCCCUCUUAUGGAGGGUCAGAGGCCGGGACUCCAAGGUGAGCAGAGACCAAUCCAUUGUGGGGGUCAGAGGCCGGGACCCCAGGGUGAGCAGGGACCAUCCCCUCUGUGGGACACAAGGUCAGGAGCCUUUUCUCCCCAGCUUGCCCCCGGAACCCGCCUUCUCACUCCCCCACCCCCACAAGGCAAGUAGGGGUCCCUGGAGCCCCAGCCGUGUGUCCCAGGAGGCAGGUGCCUGGUGACCAUGGGCUCAGGACCAGGGACGGGAAGGGUCCCAGCUGCCCCCCCGGCAACACUAUGCAAUUCCUGGAGCCCCCUCCAGGAUCGAAGCCAUGCCUUGGGGGCUGCCGGGCAGGAGCUGCCAUUGGUGAGGUGGUUUGUCCUCAGCACCACCUGACCUCUGCCAGGACCAGGGUCCAGCAGCAAUCCUUGGCCAGUCCUGUCCAGGCACACGCAGGGUCCCCCUCCCAGCCCCUCCCCUGCUUCCGAAGCCCAGGGAGCUGGGCUGCCUCCUGGCCAUCCUCCCCCAUGGCUGCUCUAAGUCCUGCAUCUGCCUGUGGACGUCCGAGGCCAGCUUCCGGCCGCCUGCCUGGCCUCGCUGCCCCGUAGCCCCCAGGCAGCAAGCGGCCCUGCUCACCACCCCUCAUUUCCCCUGGGGCUUGCAGGGUUUUUAUACCUGGAGAAACCCCAGGAAGCACUACACUCCCCUUUGGGCCUCCUUUAUAUUGCCCCCUUUUACUCUGAGCUGUGAAUAUUUUUAACCCUGUACAUAUGGCCAGCUCUUCUGACACAGAGACUAUUUUAUCAGUCGGUCCCCUGCCUUGCAGGGUGAUUCUCCAUGGGUGUUUCCAGACUCAGGCUCCGAUGGACCAAAUGAAAUGUUUUCUUUUGUAAUGA